AUGGCACCUCGAUACGCCGUGUUAGACUCUGAAGACGAUUCCGACUCAAAUCAAUCAGCGGCACCUUCAAUACCCUCCGAUGAAGCUCUCGAAAAAGCCCUACGCGACGCGGUCGCCAAGAUCUACCAGUCAGGGAAAAUGGAGGAAUUGACUGUCAAGAGAGUGCGAUUGGCGGCGGAGAGAGCACUUGGGUUAGAGGAAGGGUUCUUCAAGGCAGAUGAUGUGUGGAAAUUGAAAAGUGAACAGGUUAUCAAGGACGAAGUGGAGGUGCAAGAUAGGCUCGCACAAGAACCAGCACAGGAAGAAGAUGAAGAAGUAGAAGAAGACGAACAAGAUAUUCCCUCGCCUCCCCCGAAGACCGCGAAACCUACCAAACGCACAAAAUCUACAAUUACCUCAAAGUCAAGAAAACGCAGAAAGACAGAAUCUCCGGAGCCCAAAGUCGCAGAUGACGAGGACACCGGUGCGCUCAGCGACAGCGAGGACGAGGUCAAGAAACCUACCGGGAGACAGUCAAAAACAAGAUCAGAACGCGCAUCAGCCGAGUCUGAUGCAACGAAAGAAGCCACCGAUGCUGAGAAGGUCGAUUCGGAGAGUGAAAUGUCAGUCGUCCUAGAUGAGGAACCUAAACCCAGCCGCAAACGAGGGAAAAGCGCAGAGAGCACGUCGCAAAAAGGAAAAAAGAAGGCCUCCGCCAAGGCACAGGACGCUGGUCUUGAUCCCAAUGAAGCCGAAAUCAAGCGAUUGCAAGGAUGGCUUGUCAAAUGUGGUAUUCGCAAGGUGUGGUCUCGAGAGCUGGCUCCGUAUGAUACACCAAAAGCGAAGAUCAAGCAUCUCAAGGACAUGUUGAAGGAUGCGGGAAUGGACGGGCGCUACUCAAUAGAGAAGGCCAAACAAAUCAAAGAGAAACGAGAGUUUGAAGCCGACCUCGCCAUGAUCAAAGAGGGUGAAAAGCAGUGGGGCCGGGGAAGCGUGGAGGAGGAAAGUGACAGCAAUCGACCUCGACGGAGACUCAAUCGGGGUCGACAGACUCUGGCCUUCUUAGAAAGCGACGGGGAGGAGACCGAUUGA